AAAGCGAUGUCUGUCUUUCAUAAACUAUCUUUCUUCAUUUUGAUGUUCAUCUUUUGCCAUGACCAGAUAAGAAAUGCACAGGCUCAGGAACCUACUCCAUUUUAUUUAGCUUAUAACCUUUGUUCAAUAAGUAAUUACAGUGCCAACUGUACAUAUCAAACCAACCUCAAUCUCUUACUCUCAUCUCUCUCAAAUACAUUCACAAACAACAACACAAUUUCUCUAAAUGGUUACCGUAACGUCACAGUUGGGGAAAACCCAGAUACUGUUUACGGGUCGUUACAUUGUAGAGAGGAUGUAGCACCAGCUAUAUGUUCAGCUUGUGUUCAGCGUGCGGCUGAAGAAGUUGGGAAAGAUUCAAUGUGUCCAAAUUCAAAAAAAGCUAUUAUGUAUUACAAUGGAUGUGUUCUAAGGUACUCAGACAAGUAUUACUUCACAAUUAUGCAAGAAAAACCAGCGGUUCCGCUAAAUAAUCAAAAUAAUGUUUCAAACCCAGCAAGCUAUUUGACCUUGGUAACUGGAUUAUUAGAUGGCUUAGUGAUUGAAGCUGUUACCAAUACUUCUAGUAGUCCAUCGUUAUUUUCUACGGGCACAGCAAAUUAUACUAGAGAAAAUACAGUUUAUGGGAUGGUUCAAUGUACGCCAGAUUUAACACCGAGUACCUGUGCUACGUGUGUUAGAUCAGCUAUGAAACUAAUUCCUAGAUAUUUUUAUGGUAAGCGAGGGGCACGAGUUCUUUCUCCUAGUUGUACUUUCAUAUAUGAGAUUUAUCCUUUUUAUGGCCAAUCUAUUUAUGCUACUACUCAAGCACUACCUCCAGCACCUGUAAUGUUACCUCCAACUCUUCAGCCGUUAUAGAAUACAACUACUUCGAAUGGAAGCAAUUCAAAUUCAUUGAGGAUUGCUGUUAGUAUCUCCAUUCCUUUGGGAAUUGCAGUACUACUUUCCUCCAUUGCCAUUUGGUGGUUCUAUUUCCAUAAGAAAAAGAAGAUAAAUG